CGACGGUCCCUGAUGUUGCUGAAUAUGACCUUGGAACAAGAUUGACGUAUGAUCGGCAAUUUGCCGAUGACCAAUUUGGUGAUGACCAAUUAGAUGACGUACGAUAGACCGGGAGAUCAUAUUCAGCGGAGAGACACAUGGACCGAACAACGACCAAAGCAGAGGAGGGAGGCGGAGUAAUUCGGCGGUCCUCUUUUUCUCAGGCGGAGAGUCGGUGGGCUGUUGCUUGAAAUAUUUGCUGCCGUAAAGCAUGAUCGCUCGAAAGAUCUCCCACAGGACGUCCGCGACUACUUUACGGCACGAAAAGAUCAUUCGCGCCAUCUUCGCGUCCGGUUGAAGUCGUCUCUGUGCGCGUUGAAGCUUCUCGACCUAGCUUAGCUUAGCUUAGCUUAGCUUAGGUUGCUAGCAGCUACCAAAGAGACGCGGCGUGAGUGAAAAUCUUCGUCCGGAGCAGCAGGAGCCAGAGAACCCUCACAUUAAAGAGGAAGAGGAGGAUAGAGAGCUUCAUCCCACAAAAGAGGAGGAGGAAGACUUCCUACGCAGUAAAGAGGAAGAGCACGAGGAAGUCAUCAGGGUUCCUUUGACGGGUGUCCCGUUGAAGAGCGAAGAUGAAGGUCAAAGUGAGGAGAGCAGAGGGGCGGAGCCUCCAAGCAGCAGCUCAAGUCAACACAUGACAACCGAAGGCGAUGGGGAAGACCACUGUGGAGGAUCACAGGCAGACGGCCUCUUAGCUCCACUGUCAGAUGGUGACGACAUGACGUCACACUCUUCUGACUAUGAUGAUGAUGAAGAGUCAGAAGCUCAUAAGACAAGUCACACUGACAACAAAUGCUGGAAAUGUUAUCAGUGCGCGAAAACGUUUCCUUGCAAGUCGAAUUUGAAACGACACGUGAAAAUACACACCGGGAAGAAGGAUUAUGCCUGCUCCGAUUGUGGUAAAAGAUUCUGCGCUAAGGAGCACUUGGCAAGACACGCGAGAAUUCACACGGGAGAGAAACCUUUUUGCUGUGCCGAUUGUGGGAAAAGAUUCUCUCGAAAGGGAGCUUUGACAACGCACUCAAAAACGCACACAGGAGAGAAACCUUUUUCCUGCUCAGUGUGUGGUCAACGUUUCUCUGUGAAGGGAACCUUAAAAGUUCACACAAGAACGCACACUGGGGAGAAACCUUUCUCUUGCUCGGUUUGCGGUCAAAGAUUCUCUGUGAAGGGAACCUUAAAAAUUCACACAAGAACGCACACUGGUGAGAAACCUUUUGCCUGCACAGUUUGCGGUCAAACAUUCUCUGUCAAAAGAAGUUUGACAAAACACACAAAAACCCAUGCUAGAGAGAAACCUUUUGCCUCCUCAGUGUGUGGUCAAAGUUUCUCUGUAAAAGAAACCUUGACAAAACAUACAACCACCCACACUGGAGCGAAACCUUUUGCCUGCUCGGUUUGCGGUCAGAGAUUCUUAGCAAAGCGAGCUUUAAACCGUCACACAAGGAUACACACUGGUGAGAAACCUUUAUCCUGCUUCGUUUGUGGUCAAAGAUUCCUUAAUAAGGGAACUUUAACAAUACACCUACAAACGCACGUUGGGGAAAAACCCUUUGCUUGGGCAGUUUGUGGUCAAAGGUUCUCUCAGAAGGGAAACUUUAAAAAGCACACAAGGACGCACACUGGAGAGAAACCUUUUUCCUGCUCAGUUUGUGGUCAAAGAUUCUCUGCGAAGGGAACCUUAAAAAGUCACACAAGAACCCACACUGGAGAGAAACCUUUUGUCUGCUCCGUUUGUGGUCAAAGAUUCUCUCAGAAGGGAAACUUGACAAAACACACAAGAACCCACACUGGAGAGAAACCAUUUUCCUGCUCUGCUUGUGGCCAAAGAUUCUCUCACAAGUAUCCGUCUCAGAAUCACAAGUGUGUUGGUGAGAAUAGCAGCGAUCGAUGUAGGACUCGCCUCUCGUCUCAGCAGGCUUCAUCCGUUCACGCACCAAGGAUGAUUGUAUUCUGUGCACCGACUUCUCCUGUGGACAAGUGUUGAGAGUUAUAGCAUUCAUGCCAAAACUUGUCAAUCAAGUCAAAUCUCAAUCUAAAAUGCAUAUCAACAACUUGUAUAUCUGAUUUGUCAAAUUACAACGUAAAUGGACAUAUUUUGUAACUUAAUGUAUUGUAGUGGACUGAGUGGCAGAGGAUCCCCAAAAACGGCCGUAUUAGCUCAAAAGGGGGCUUCGACUAGAUACUGAAGCAAAGGGUCUGAAUAAUUACGGCUGUGUGAUAUUUCAGUUUUUCUUUUUGAAUAAAUCUGCAAAAAUUUCAACAAUGAAGU